GCAAGUCGUUAGGGGGCGUUUCGUUUUAGUACAUGGAUCGACAUGAUGGCGGAUAAACAGUGACAGACGGCGACAAUAUUCCAUCAAUAAAUCCUGCUUUUCCCUCAUUUAGAUGCUACAUCCCCUGCGUUAUUAUGUAUUUAGUUUUCUUGGUCGUAUGAGGAACUGAUUUGGAGCCAUAAAAUUGGAAAAAUGCAUACUAAUGAGGUCCACACAUGUACAUGUACAUCAAGCUUUAAGGGAUUGAACUCUCGUUAAUCCCCUAUCCCUACAAGUCAUCGUCUAGUGAUUGCCACCAUGGCCACAAGCACCUCAUCAGCAUGUCGCGAGCUCAUGGAGCUGGCCCGGCACCUCAAGCAGGAGCACCUCUUUGUCUUGUCCGAGAAACAGCUCUUGGUCCAGCUUCACGAGGAGGUCACCCAGCUGGCGGACAAGCUCUUCCGGGUGUCCUGGAUUACGCAGCAGCAGCGCCAGACCCUCAACAGCCUGACACUGACCAGGGUGGAAGCCCCGCCAAACUACUGCUGCCACCGGGCCAACGCUUUGGAGAAGUGCUCCUUCGUCGACAGCUACAAGCAUCUGGGCUUCCAGGACGCUCUGUAUGGGGAGUUCCUUGGGUACCUGCGUGACAACCCAAGAGUCGUGGCCUUGUGUCUCGUCCUGGGGGAGAAGGAGCAAAUGGAGAUGACCAGGGGAGUGGUCCGCUCCGUCAUGUCUGCAGUCUACGGCAAUUGCAUCGUGCAGGAGGACGAGCAGCAGGUCUUACAUCUGCUUCAGUAUCUCAUGGAGCAACAGUUAGCUAGCGUGGACGAUCCGCGACGGUUGAUCAGACGCGGGACGUGUGCCAUCAGCUAUGCCUUCCGACUAUUCACGGAAGGUCUCUUCUCAACCAGGCUGUACCUGACUGCAGCCCUCCACGAACCUAUCAUGUCUGUCCUAAUGGACGACGAUGUCCAGUUAGAGACCGAUCCUCAGAAGGCUUUGGACCACUUCACCCCGGAGGAACGGGAACAGCGAUUUGGCACUCCGGGAACGGAGGAGUACCGCCAGUGUCUGCAAGCUCACCUGGAGUCCAUCAUCACCCAGCAGGUGUCUAUGUGUAAUCGCUUCAUCAACGGGCUGAGGAAUAACACUUAUUGCUUCCCGCAGAGCCUUGACUGGAUCAUCACCCAGCUCCACAAGAUCCUCAUCAAGUCUGGGCGGGUGGAGCCAUCGGAGGUCAGAGCCACCUGCGCAGACCUCCUCAUGAAUUUCUUCAUUUGUCCGGUGAUUGUAAAUCCGGAAUCCUAUGGCGUCAUCACGGACAUCAUGAUCAGCUCAACUGCUCGAUUCAAUCUCAUGCAAGUGGGAGCAAUUCUACAGGGUCUGGCUAUGGAGACCAACAAUGGCUCAACUACACCAGCACAGACCAAUGAUAUCUACAGCAGGUUUCCAAAGGGUUGUAUGUCUUCAUUCCUGGACACACUGAUUGACAGCUUGAGCUCAUCGGACACGCCCCCCGGCGUUAGUCAACUGCAAGGGAUGACCAGGACCUGUGCGCUGAUCACCGAGUCGGAGAUACAUACUAUGGUGUCAUUCUUUCGCAUGGUAUCCACAGCCAACCCCAAUGAAUCCAUGCUGAAGGAGCUGGAUACCCUUUUGUCCAAUCUUCCCCACACCUCUGCUUCCACGCCUGGGGCUAGCGUCACCCCUCAGAUUGCCCUUUCACCCAAGGCCCCCAGCGGGCAUGGGCCCAUCGCCAAGAAGACAGGUAGUGUGAUAAAAGGGUCGAAGAAAUCCCACGGCAGUUCAGUAAAGACAAACCAAAACACCCAAGACGAGGAUGAAGGGCUGGACACAUCCUUGACGCCCGAUACUCCACCGGUACCCCAACCAGAGGAUGUGCUGGUGGUGACAUUUGGGACCCAGGGAAAUGAAUGCCCUGGAAUGCUCUCUGAGGCUAAGGUGUUGAGUUCUAAUCCCUCCCGCCCUAAGCCCAAAAUCAGUCCCACGGCAGCCCAGAGCAGUCUGGCCGCCAUCAGUGAACAGCCAGAGAAACAGCUACGAUUCUCAGACGAUGCCGAUGCGUCGGCAAACAGUGACCAUCUCAUGGAAGCUAUGUCUAUAGUGGCAUCAGAAUAUUCCAUGGAUCUCGAGGGCGAGAUGGCCAGCAACUUGAGCGGUCGUAACACUCCCCGGUCAGCGGUCAGCUUGGGAAGCAGCUCGACGGACCACAACCGUCCCGACUUGAUCGACUCCACCCAGCUGCCCAAUAAUGCCAACAUCACGGACCGCUUUGGCAAGUUUGAGAUCGGCGACGCCCUGGAGAAGAAGAAAGCACAGGGAAAUCCUGAAACCUUUAGCGAGACCUGGAGCACGGAAGUCAUCGGCAGCGACACCUCGGAGCCUCCCUCGGAGCCCAACACCAUCGAGCGUCUGCAGGAGAUAGCGGAAUCCCAGGAGGACAUUGAGCUGGCCGGUGCCCAGGCCGCCUCCCUGCUGGGCAUCAGGCACUCGGUACCCGACAUCUCGGAGACGGCCAGCGAGACCUGGAGCGUGGACGUCCUGCAGAGCGACUCAGAGCGCACGGAGGACAGGAUGCAGGAGGUGGAGGAUGUGGCUCACGAAGAGGCUAUCCAGGCUUCCCUGUUAGAGGCCGACACCGACAGGACAUCAUCCAAAACCAGCGAUGGACCCAGCUCAAGACGCAGCUCCUCAGAUAGCCCAAGUGUGGAAGAUGGGGCCAACAAGAAAGAUGCUAGCUCAGAUGCCACAGAAGACUCCAGCAGCCACUACUUUGAUCCCAUGGAGGAUCCAUCCAUGCUGAAGGGUUCCUCUCCCGUGGGACAGUCAAGUAGUUCUUCCUCCCAAUCCAACAGUGACCAUCAAGAGGCCUUCCCCAAGAAGCCCCUCCAGCAGGACGAAUUCCCUCUUAGACGCUCCUCUCCCCUGGUCGAAGACAAGCAGAGAAAGCAACCCAAGGAAGGUCCUCUGUCAGACAGGCCCUUCCCUGGCUUCCUGAGUCAGUUUGAUCCCGUUGCAAACGGGAACAAUCAUACCCUGAACAAUGGAAACGAACCAAGCAGAGUCAUGUUGGCUAAACCUGACAGCAAGCCCCCAGAAGACCUUUUGCAGGAUUUUGACCCCUUUUCCUCUCUGAGUCCCGGAACAUCAAGCACGUUGCCAACAUCAAUCGGAAGGCAAGGGGACACCCCAAUGGGAGCCAAGCCAAAGAAAAGGAGCAAUUCCGCUCAGAAGAUCUCAGCAGGCCAGACACCGACUGGAUACGUACCCUACAAUGAACGUCACGGUCUGAACCACGAUUAUGGCAGCCAAGGGAGGCAACAGCGGACUAAUCCUUUUGAUCUUGGCCAUGACGGUCUUUCUCAUGUCAACCAUGGUUUUUUUGAGCCAACAGCGCCGUCGUCUCAGCCAGGCCCAUACCAGCCGGACCUCUUGAAUAAUCCAUUUGCUACUAUCUUUGAUCCUUCGGCUCCUGUCAGCCACACGUCCCAAUCGUUGUUUACUCUUCAGCCCCAGCAGCAGAGCACGUCUUACAGAACCUUGGCACUGGACACAGACAGCGGGGUGGUGUCUGGGGACUCCAGCGAGCACCUUUCCCAUCGAGUUGUCAGCUCCAUCAGCACUGGUAGCAGCAGCAGUGCCUCCUUCCUCAACUCGUCAAUUGAGAGCUCCACAAAACCCCCGGAUUUCCUCGUUCAGAUAGGCAGUCGGACAUCAGAUGAGUGGAGUGGGAUAGAUCAGGCGGAGCCCGGCAGGGUCCAGAGCUUCCCCAGCACGUCGUCAGGCUCCAGCUAUGGUCUGACUGGUUCCACAGAGGUGGAACAGAAGCCAGCUAGUAGUAGUUUGUUCCAGAGGUCUCACAGCACAGAUGCAUCUUAUAUAUCAGAGGAAAGCAAAGCUAAACUAGAUGUUGGGGAUAGUGAUAAAAGUAGAUCCUGGUUGAAGAAAAAAGUCAGCCAAAUACACAAAAUAGCAUCGACCAGAAAACCCAGCAAGAAACACGGACCCGCCGGGGAACGGGACGACAGAGAGAGAGAUAGAGACUGGGAACAGGAGAAGAAGCACUCAGAAGCUGCACAGAUCAUCCCAAACCUGGCCUUGGUGCACCAUUCAUUUAAAGAUGAUGGGCUGAAAGCAGCCUCGGUGCCUGAAACCAGUAGCGAAGACAUUCUGGAGAAAUACCGUGAGAUGCGCAAGGCCCAGUCUUCAGAACAACUGGAAAAUGACCACUUGGGACAUGAACUGGGCAAUUUAGAAUCAUCCACAGAGUCCAGCGGUAGCCACAGCGACAAGCCCGACUCGGGCGGGGCCUCGGACCAGCCCGACGCCUCGGAACCCGAAAACCUGGACGAAUCGUACGCCUUCAUUGACGCCAAGCGCAAGCUGCGCAUUGUCCUGCGCUCGGCCGACGUCCACAGCCUGCCCUGGCUGACCAACUUCAGCAUCCCUGACCACGUAGCAGCUGAGUUAGCCCUGGGCAUCUCUACUGGCUACCCAGAGAACGAGCUGGUGGCAUUCCUGAAAGUCCAGCUUGCUGAGGCUAUGAAUCUGCAGGACAGGGCCCUGAUAGCGCAGCUGAGAGAAACCUUGAGAUGCGUCCAGACAUUUGACAGAGAUGGCUGUCGAAGGCUCCUGGCUUGCUUAAGUGAGGACUAUGAGAACCGUGCCCCAUACAUUGCCUACCUGGUGCGCAGCCGUAAAGGGCUAGCCGCUUCCCGAGCUCAUCUCCUGCGCCUGCUGGAUAGAGUGGAAAGGGAUAAGGCAGUAGUCAACAAGUAUUUUACAAUGGUUCUGGUGCGUCUGUUCCUGGAGAGACAGGAAAGGAGUAUUCACAAAUUCAUUGUUGAUUUCAAGGCCCUCACUGCUGCUGAUGAGAAGACACAACUUGUCAAAUUUUUUCUGAGGACUCUGAACAACUGGAUAAUGGACGACCCUAUAUGGGAAGCUGCCAGUGAAACCCAGAUGAUUGAUGCUGAAGUAGCCACAGAGCGUGCCAUCAUGAGCCGUAUCUACAAGCUUGCCUUGUACCCCAACGAGGAAGCUGACGUCGCCAGGGACAGGGUUCUACAAGCUCACAUCUACAGGCUGUCCAGAGUGAUAACAGUCAAUCACAAGGCUCUGCAGAUCCCAGAGAAGUAUGGGAGGGAGGCCCCCUGGCCUGCCGCACAGGCUGAGAUCCUCAACAUCAACGUGUACAAGACUCCCAAAGACAAGAUGGGCUGCGUCUACCGCUGUUGCAAGGUCAUCAUGAACCUCCUCAGUCUGGCCAAUGAGAACUCGGCGGUGGGCGCCGACGACUUCUCACCGGUGCUCAUGUACGUCCUCAUCAAAGCCAACCCGCCCGGUCUCCUGUCCACCGUGCAGUAUGUCAACAGCUUCUACUUUGAAGGGGAGCAGCUGAGAGAGAGCGACGGGGAGGAACAGUACUGGUGGAUUCAGUUCUGUGGGGCCAUCGAGUACAUAAAGACAUUGGAUGACAGAAAAUGAAAUGCUGGUUAUACAUGGGUUUGCCAAAAAAAUAAACUUAACCCUAACCUUCCCACAUCCUCCAAAAUCCUCUUUGCAAAAUGGAGGAUUAUGCAGGAUUGAGGUUGCAUGGCAAAGAGGUGUGGCUGAUUUAAGAGGAUGCACUGUGUCAAGGUCUUGGGCCGGACCUUGUGUUGUUCAUGCUCAGCCGCGCAUAAAUGUUGGCCUGGAUUUGACUUGAAAUCCUCCGCACUGCUCCAGGAUGUCACUGGCUCUGCCUCAACGUAUUGCUGGUGAUUGCUAUAGGAUUUUGCAGGAUUGAGGCAGUGGUCGCCCCUCCAAGGACACAUUCCAGAAAUAACAGAGGAUUUUGCAGGAUUGAGGCUGUAUGCAUUGUUUACAUGGAAGCAAUUGGAGGAUUUAGCAGGAUUGAGGUUACAUCCUAACAAAAAUGCAUAGGCAUUAGGGUUUUAAUGAACUUAACCGAAAGAAACUUGAGAUAGUUUACAACACACCAAACUUGUUAAAUUUGGUUAGUUGGCUCAAGAAACUGCAUCAUGCAUCAGUAUUGAAUCUCAGUGUUGAGA